AUGGCUUUCGAGUUAUCCGAUGCGCAUGCCAUUCUGCUUGCGACAAAUAUAUGCGCUGGUGGUAGUGUAACGGACUUGCCUGCCCUACAGGCCCAAUAUCCUCAUUGUUUUCCCUUUGAGCGUCUCCUGCGCAUCGUCUUGACCUUCCUGCCCGAGAGCACGGAGCCUUCAAGCUACACCUCGGUGCUUCAAGAGCUGGAAAAAGGACCCACCUCGCCAAUAGAUCAACCUGUCGAUACCUCCGCUGUUCAAGAUCUGACAGAAUCGGUCGCUCGAAAGCGCGUGCGGAAGCUUAAUCUUCGCCCACUACAACGUCACGACGAGGAGGCCGAAGUCGCUUCAGCAGAUCCCUUGACCCAAUUCCUGAUUCACCGGGCGUACUUGAUCGACUCCGAGACAGCACUACAGCCUCUGGUCCUCGAACUCCUCCUACCCUUCUACGAACGUUCCUCAGUCAUUCGAACAUGGCUGAUUUCCAGCCUAUUACCACUGCUUCGACUCAACUACGAAUUAUACGCGAAUCGGGAAGAGAACAUAUCAUUUGAAGUUCUGGAGUCGAUGGAUGAUCAGACCGCAAUCAACAUACUAUUGUCCUUGAUCAGUGACGAGGAAAACAACAUGGAUUUGGUCAAUAAUUUGAAAGGUCUCAUUGGACCUUGGCUGUAUGGUGGCAGCAGGUCCAAGCGGCGGAGACUGAAUGAGGUCGCGCAACAGAAUUCGGUCUCUUUUAUCCAAGGGUCGGAGAAACCUCAACCCACUGAACUGGCGGGGUGGGAGCAUGUCAAUGAAUGGCUAGUGUCGCGAAGCCUCGUGGAUCAUGAAAGUGUUGUUAAUGCUUUCAAACACUGGGAUGGUCCAUCAGAUGUCGAUUUGGGGGGAUACGACGACCCCGCAAAACGAUUAGCGGACGACAAGGCGAGAGAAUUGCAGGUCCGGUAUGGUCAAUCUGGUCUUGCCGUGGUGUAUGCCCAUGCAGAUUCCUCGCCGGCUGUUCUUGAUGGUUCGUUUGAAGUGCUGAACAGGGUCGCAAAGCUACUUGGCCUUGAAGAUAGCCUGUACCUGAGCACCGACUCCGAACUCCACUCUGUGCACUAUGACACCGAGCCAGUAUCCUCGACUUCCAGAGCAUCGCUUCUGCAGAACUCCCUUCUAAGACCGACAAAUCCCCUCACCAAACCUUCGCCCUCAUCCGUCUCGUUUCUCAGCGCUCUGCUCAUCUCUCUGCGUAUUUUGACAGAACUAGGUCACCUCGUGCCCUGUCGAGUUGCAGCAAACAUAUGCUUGCACAGCAGCCAGGAAAUGCAAUUGGCAGAACUCAAAAGUGUUGUCGAAUCCACUGUGAAACAGCCAAGGCCAUCUCAAGAUUGGCCGAUGGUCCGGCAAAGAUUACUUUGGCUUCGAGACUGGCAGUCUGAGGAACCAGAAAGCGCGUGGGAUGAAGGUUCUUCGCCCUAUCACGGACUUUUCUGGAGAGUUCCGCGGGAGAUCGUCGAAACAGAGAUCUUAAAGGCCAUGCUGGCAGCCAAAGAGUACCAGUUGGCUGUCGACUUAUACAAGAAUCCGCAAACAGCACCGCUCCAUCCUUCUCAGGUAGAAGCGGCUGUCCAGGAGGCCAUAUUCACAGCAUACGAUAACGCAAGCAACGGCAACCGAACUCGUGGGGGAAUGAAGAGAGCUUAUGACAUCCUGCAAUCAUUCCAACCGCACUUCCCGGAGUCUCUGUCAUUCAAACAGAUUCGCGCCCUUAUAGCUGCCACGCACGCCCUCUCAUACUACUCUCUAACCCUCCAGCAUGGCGUUCCAUUCCAGCCCGUGAGCAUUCGAGUGCAUCAUGAUCCUCUUCUGUUAAUAGAGAAAGUUCUCGAACAAAACGCAAGAAGCUACACCAAGCUAGAUGACCUCCUCUCUAUUGGGCGCAACCUCGUCGCCGCAGGUGUGCCGGCAAAAGCCGCAACCCACGACACAGAUGAUGACGAGGCCUUUGAUAAUCCAUCAGAGGAGCAAGUCUCACUUACCUCCGAACGCCGCAUCACCAGCCUAGCAAUCAACUCCGCUCUCUCCUCGAACGACUUUGGCACAGCCUACUCCUACAUCCAAACCCGCCUAUCACCCCCAUCGCUCCUCUCACCUCCAUCUUCGACGCCCACCACGCCAGACGAUAUUUCCUGGCGAGCCGUCUACAGCGCAGGUCGCUACCGCUCCACAACACCAGUAAACCCACCGCCAGCUCUAACCACACAAAUCACCCAUCUUUCCCAACGAAUGGAACUCCUCAGCCUGGCCCUCGUCCUCACCCCAUCACCAGACCCUCUCCCCGAGAUUUUGGGCGCCUGGCGCCGCUGCGACGAAGAACUCUCUUCUCUCCGUGCUCGCGAACAGCAAGAAGAAGACCUCUGGGACCGCAAAGGCGAUACUCUCUCGUCUGUACCGGGCGGUUUCGGACCAUCUGAUUCGGAACGCGACGCAUUCGACACCGAACAGCAGCGCGCCGCACGGCGUGCUAGGGCCCGAGCUGCCUUGCCUAAUUCCCAUCGCCAUGAGGCACCUAUGGGUCUCUUUGAGGUUGCACGGGGUGCUGCAAUGGCUCUUCAUAAGAAUGCCUUCCCCUUGCGAGGCAAGGAAGAGGUAGCCAUAAGCGAUGAGCGGCCUUUGUCCCCGGAUAGUGAAGGCCGCGUGAGAAAGAGGGACAUGGUCAGCAAUAUGGUGACGGGUGGUUUGGUCAGUGGUAUUGGAUGGGUAAUUGGUGCACCCGCCAAUAAGUAG